AUGUCAAUCAAUAAUGGCCCACAAAACCAUCUUUUUCCGUUUACAGUCAAUAAAGAAGGACCAGUGGAUGCUCAACAAUACCUUUCAGUGGUACCAAGUACACAAUUAACUUUGGAUCCAAUCACUGAUGCAUUUCCUCGAUAUACAACUGUUGUUAUGGGAAGAUUAUUAGAAGGAUUGGAAAUCACGCCUCCCAAGACAUGUGAAGGGUAUGUAUGGAAACUAGACAAAAACGAUAAUGACGAAGACAAUAAUGGAUACGAUGAAGAUUAUCAAGAUGAACAAAGUCACCAACCAUCAUCGCUACAUUGGACAAAAACAGGUACCAAAGUAGACAAGUUCAUAUUAUGGAAAAAGGAUAUUGCACCAUCACCUCAUGAUCCUCGUCUUCAUGCUCUAGAGAGUUGGAUGACGAUUGCUGACUUGAUUCAUCAACCUAUUCCCAUCAAUCAAUGAAUUUGCUUCUAUUUGAUUUCUUCGGUGUAUAUAUUAUUAUUAUUGAUAGAAUAUCCAUUUUAUAAGUAAAUAAAUUAUUAUAGUAGUGAAUAAUAAAGUGAUAAGCAUG